GCCUGCGGGGCCGCACAGAUCCGGGCACAGCCGCCGGUCCUCUUGCGGGCCUUGCCGCCUCCGCCGGGGGCUCGGGCGCCCGCGGCCAGUCGGCAGUCGGUUCCCGGCGGCGCCCCCGCCUCCCCGAGCAGGUAGAAGAUGACAGAAUACUCGAGGAAGUCCUUCAAGGACAGUCUGAGAGACAUAAAACAGCGUAUGAGAGAGAAAAGAAAUCAGAAAUGGGCAAGGCUGGGUAAAACUAUCCAGUUCUCCACCGUAAAGGCCAAAAGAGCAACCAACAGCUCCUGCAAAAUGAAGAUCAUUCAAGCAAACAACAGAGAUCUAGCUCUGUCUUUGCAAGAAGAAAAGCUCAAAUUGAGGGAAGCCGAAGCUACCAUUCUUCAGUUAAGGAAAGAUUAUCACAAUUUGAAGGCUCAGAUGUUUGACUUGCAAAGAAAUCAUAGGUUCCAGCAAGAAAAAGGACUUGUGGAGAAUCAACUGUCAGCCUUGAAUGAGAUAAUUUCCAAAGUCUCUCAGAAUUUACUGGACUCAAUUGAUCUCCUUGGCCCAGCAAAGAAUUUGUGUUCCAUAGACAUGAAUCAAAGAGUGCUUUCUUCAGGUCCUGAAAACAGUUGCUGCAGUGUCACAGGACCAAUAGGUUCAACAAGGCCUCUGCAGUGUGCUUAUGGACAUGAUCCAGUGCUUCCAAGUAGGACAGAAGACAGUAGUGAUAGAAAUUCUUGGUCAAAGACCUGUGUGGAAUCUGACAGUGACAUUUCCUUACCCAAAAUAAUUCCAAAAAAAGGAUGGACUUUUGAUAUUCAUCUGGACAACAUAGAAUCAGAACUGCAAAACAUUUCUUCAAAUGGAAAGGCUGGAUUUGGUAGGGUGUUACCAAAAAAUGUGUCCACCAGACGUUGCUUUUCAAAGAUGAGAAACCUCAGUGGAAUUUGCACUGGUGUCUUGGACCACUCAGAAGCACCUGAUUCAAUAGAAGAACUUUCUGAAGAGAAAGAAAUUAGGCUUGAGGAAAGUCUAGAGGAGUGUGCUACAGAAAAUGUAAAUGCUGAACAUCUAGAGGAGCGUGCUACAGAAAAUGUAAAUGCCAAAAGUCCAGAGGAGUGUGCUACAGACAAUGUCAGUGCAGCUGUUUCUCACUUGAAUGAAAGCAAGGUAGAUUCAGAGCAGGUGUUGAGGCCGAGAAAUUCUGGAACUGCACAGUUCAACUUAAAACAUAAUUCUAAUCUUAAACAAACUGAGUGUAAAAGCAGAGAAAACUCUCAAGGAAGGAAAGAGAAGCACCAGAAGAGAGUACUGAAACAGCCUAAAAAUACUUCCCAACAAGGACCAGGAAAACAGGAUAAAGAGGCUUCCAAAAAAAAGCUGAAUUUCUUGGGUGGCAUCAGUGAUGCUUAUGACUUUCAUUUGGAAGAGAGUGUCCAUGUUACACCUUUUCGACAAAACAAGGUGAAUGACAGAGAUACUGCUGUGGAUGACACAGAAGACUCAGAUAAAACUGAUUCCAUCGAGUCGAGCGAUACCGGAGAUGAUUCAGACGACAGUCUCUAUGAGCCUUACAAGAGUAAAUCAAAGAAAAGGCGAAGUUCAGCAGACGAUAAUGCUACAUCGCCAAUCCAUCCAAGGCCAAGGUCUAAAAGAUGUUUGGCACAGCGUGAGCAGAAAUUCUGUCAUGAAGAAGAGACUGAAAACAACAAAUCAAGUGACAAGGCUAUUAGGCAGCCUUCUGAGCCACCUCGUGGGCAUCUCUGUGAUGUUACCAAUACCACUGCAUUGCUCCCCAGCACUGGGGAUGCAGCACCUGUCCCAGAAGGAGAAGGACCACGGUCUCCAAAACGCAAGCGAAGCUGUACUGUUACUGUGAGCUAUAAAGAACCAAGUAUUACAGUGAAGCUCAGGAGAGGAGAUCCAUUUACAGAUACACAGUUCCUGACGUCUCCAAUUUUCAAGACGAAGAAAAAAUGCUAAAUGAUGUUCUCCUAAGAAUGAAUCUCUGAAAAAAGACAAUGAGAAAUUGGUUACCUGUCAUUUGAGAUUUUCAGCAAAACCGUGCUCGUGCCGUGAGGAAAGGAAAUCUUUCAUCCAAAUUGCUGUUGCACAAUACCUUAUAUAAGUAUGUGAAUAUUUGUGUAUCUAAUAUUAAGGGUAUCAGAUUAAGGAGGUAUAAAUUUAAUCUAGUGACUUGUUUUUAAUGAUACAGAUCAAUUACUUUUAUAACUGAAAUUAUUACAUUCAAGCUCUUUUUGACUGGAUCUGGGAGUGUAUGAGAAAUCUGAUGGAUAAGAUGCUGAAUGUCAUGUUAUGACUUGUAGUCAGUAAGGUUGAACUUUAGGCACUUGAUGUUUUGUGUAGGGAGUCUUUUUAAUAACAGUUUUUGUACAGAUGUUGUUUAUGUAGUGGUUAUAGUUUCAUACUGAAUCUUUAUAAUAAAUGUCUUAGUGUUUGGAAGCAGCUCAGAGCGGGUUGGUGGUUUUUUUGCAGUUUCCUUAUGUGCUCCAAGGGCAGUAACAUCAGCAGUGGGCGUUAGAGGCUUAUGUACUCUCCCUAUCUCAUGUGGUGACAUAAGCACUGUUUAGAAGCAUGAUUGUCAGUUGUAGUUGGAUUCUGUAGCUGCAACUUUCAAAAGCAGCAACUUAGGCUUGGUUGGUCCUGCUCUGAGUGCAAGCUAGAAUCAACUUAACCAGACAGAAACAAAGCAAAUUUCUCCAUGAAGGUUGGUGAAGAGGGCUCUGCUUCGGUGGAAUGUAAAGCAAACUAUUAGUCUCAGCUGUUCUGGGACUAUCAUAAUAAUUUAUUAAUUUAUAAUAAUUUUGUCCCUGCUUUGCCAAGUGCCUUUUGCAGAAGAAGAGCUGCCCCAUCUGAGCUGGUGCUAUUUGGUGCCACAACAGGCUGCAUGUGAGAACACUGUUAUCAACUGUCCAGCACACAAACUGCUUUUUCUUUGCUUGAGAAACACUUAAGUAUUAACUGAUACAUGAAUAACCCAAUGAAAGCUACAUUCCAAAUAAAUAAUGGGAAAGUACAAAAAUACAGGCUCUUCAUUUGCUUUGCAAGUGUCUGUCUCACCUGUCCCGCCUAAACAGGUGCAAGAUCUCUCCCUUUCUGUAAUAAAAAUGAAUAGUGUUAAUUACUAUUUUACUUGUAACUUACAUGUUUCUCUCAACAGUAGUAAUACUAGCUGCAGCUACUGAGUGUUUGAACAUAGUUGUUCACAACACAGCCUCUGAAUGUUCAUACUGAAAGUUUACCUUUGUAUCCUAAAAUUCUAGCCCUGAGUGUUACCAUCUUCAGUCUGGAGUUCUAGUACUAGAGGAACUUCAGUAGAAUGAUUGAACUUCAGGUGCUGUUUCAGCAAACAAAUCUGUAACAGCUGUUUAUCAGGGGCAGUAAAAGAACAGCAUGAUUGCAGAGCAGCCCAGGGCAGGUGUACUUGGUCUGGGGUUUUUGUGUUUGUUUUUUUUAAUUGGAUUGAAAGCAUUUGAAGAAUUGAAGUGAUGAAACUGUAGGGAAGGAAUCAGUCCAGAUUACCUAAUCUCUACUGCUAUCUCUAGAAGUGUUCAGGAAAACAAAUGAGUGUCUUUUGACUUUUACAUGAUGUGACACAGGACCAAAAUUUGAGUUGAUGGGAAACCAAAAAACCUCUUCCUACUCUCUAAUAACCUGUCAGGUAUCAGACAGGUGCAAGGUUUAUUUAUGGCAUGCAAAGUAAGUGACCAUCUCAGUAACAUCAUGGUGACAGUACAAGCUCAGCAUGGACUGCUACAUAUAUUGUGUCUUGUGAGUAAAGGGGUCUCAUAGGCAAGUAUAAGCAUGCAUAGAGGUGAAAAAAUCAAAACUUGGGAACAGCUAAGUCAAGGAAGUAUUGGAAGUGUUGAGGAGAUGGGAAUAACAGCACUGUAUCUCAAUGUGGAGCUGGGAAUGGUACUUGGACUGGUCACAGCUCAGCUUAUCCUGACAGCACUCUUGUAGAUCCAUUGUGCUCCCUUGUGAGAUUGCUUCACUGUGUACAUUUGUACCACAAGUACUCAUUAAUGAAAAAAAGAGACCAAAAUAAGUAGGGUUUUGUACAUAUAUAAUUUAAAACUAUUCUGUACCAGUACAAUAUAUUAAUUUGACAAAUGUAAAGUUCAUCAGCUGUUAAAGCAUUUGCAAAACCACAUAUUCUACCAUAACUUUAUUGCACAGUAUCUAAGAAAAUAUUAAUUCUUAAAUUAGAAAACACAUGUUUCAAUAUAGAAGAGACAAUCUGAUUGAAAGACAAUAAGAAAAUCUACUCUGAAAAUAAAAAAAAUUCACAGGAUACCAAGCUUAACAUGUGCAUCUGUAGGCCCAAUCUACAAAACAGGUUUAUAGCGUCCUGUUCUGGCUGUUAAAAAAAAGUACUCACUGUACCUUUGUUAUAGAUCUCAAUGUAGGUCAGACUAAUCUCAUACAAAAGAGGAUGGCAAGUCCAGAGUUAACAUUUCGAAUACCUUGGGUACCACAUUUGCUACUACCAGGUAGUUCCUGACAACUACUUGCUGAAUUGACUUGUGAUCUAACACUGCACAGGCAUUUUGCAGGAAUAGACUCUUUGACACAGUACAGGACUGGGUUUUUUUCAGUCUUAUAGCUAUUGAAUUUUACCAGUGUAACAUCUGUAAAUAUAAAACAUCAAGAAUGGAAGUUAAAUCUGUUUCUCACGAAAGCAAUUAUAAUUUACAGUUACAAACUCCAAUUAGAAAACAUAAGGGACAGGUUUUUGGCCUGUACUGAUCUCCAUUAAGGAGUUAGGUGUACCCCUUAAAUGUAGUGUAAGCAGCAAAAUACGUAUAUAUACACAUAUAUAAUAUAUAUAUAUAUGUGUGCUCUACUUGAAGAUAUACCAACAUGAGUUGUAAAAUGUUAAUAUGUUCCUGGGUCUAAAUAAUUACAGUUAAUAAGCGUUUACAAUAAAGCUUGGUAGAAAAUCCAGUUUAUCAUGGAGCCAAGUAUCUAAGCUCAAAGCUGUCCUAUAUUGACUUCUUUUGUGUACAAUAGUCUUAUCUCUGCUGAAUAAUCUAAAGAAUUUAACAGUGAAGAGUAGUAAGUAGGGUGGAUCAUGAAGUGCAUCAAAACCUUAACUCUACUAAACCAACUGCAAUUGUCUAGUAGAUGAGAAGUAGUCUUUAAAGUUAUUUUGGGUACUUAUGUCCUGCAUAAGCCAAGUCACUAUGACAUUAAACACCUAGCCAGAUUUGGUUGUUUUUAAAAGAGUGGUUAUGAGAUUACAAUUUGCAGGUAAAAUAUUUAUCAAAACUGAAAACUAAUAGAAAAACUUGCAUCUAUCAAAGUUUACAGGCAGUCCUUUCUCAGAACUGACUGUUCUCUCACAGCUUUUCAACCAGCU